AUGACCAUCAUACGUGGAUUUUCUGACGAGAAGGACCCUAUUGCAGCGGUGCUAAACAAGCAUGGGCUAGGAUGGCCAGCAAAGUCGACACUUGAUCGCCUGAACUUUUCUCCGGAGGAGGCAACUGCAAAUGAAGACCGGCUAGCUGGUGCUGUGCGUACGAUUCUCGAAUGUCUAGGAGAGGACCCAGAUCGCUCCGGGCUUCAAGAUACCCCGAAAAGAUAUGCACGGGCGCUCCUGUGGAUGACAAAGGGGUACGAAGAACGGUUGUGUGAUGUAAUAUCCAACGCUAUAUUCGAUGAAAAUCAUGAUGAAAUGGUCAUUGUGCGUGAUAUUGAUGUGUUUAGUCUGUGUGAGCAUCAUCUUGUACCAUUUAAAGGCAAGAUUCACAUCGGCUAUAUUCCGAAUCGCAUGGUUAUUGGUCUGUCGAAAUUGGCACGCAUUGCAGAGACUUUUGCUCGCCGCUUGUCUGUUCAGGAGCGACUCACACGCCAAGUCGCUCUUGCUCUCAACGAGGCACUCAAGCCCAGAGGCGUGGCUGUCGUCAUGGAAUGCGAACACAUGUGCAUGGCGAUGCGUGGUGUGCAAAAGCCUGGAUCAAAUACGGUGACGAGCUGCAUGUUGGGAGUGUUCCGCGAUCGCGCCAAGACGCGUGAAGAAUUCCUUAGCCUGAUUAGGCACAACUAA